AUGGCCGGCGGUUUCCUUCCAUACCACGAACCCGGAAUUGUCCAGAUCCUGAUUGUCGUGUCUUUCUUCUUUUUCCUUUCCAUUGCAAAAUGGGUCUCGGCGAAAAUCAUCCAGGCCGGCAUUAUCGGCCAAAUCUCUGUCGGCAUCAUCUAUGGGGUCCCCUUGGCCAAUAUCCUUGAACAUAACUGGCAAGAGACUUUUCUCACGCUGGGAUAUGUCGGUCUGAUUUUGAUCAUUUUCGAAGGCGGACUUGGCGCUCGCGUCGAUCUUCUCAAGCAGAAUUUCACGUUGAGCAUGGUGGGCGCUGCAACUGGCGUGUGCUUUCCAAUUGGUCUUUCCUAUCUGCUGCUGUAUCUGGGGUUUGGGUUUGGUGCCGUGGAGACGUUUAUUAUCGGGGCAGCUCUGUCCGCCACUUCAUUGGGAACCACCUUUGCUGUGAUCGGCUCUGCGUCUGGCUCGGUGAAUCUCUCUCAGACUCGAGUAGGAUCAGUUCUCAUCAGCGCGGCUGUGAUCGACGAUGUAGUAGGGCUUGUGAUGUUAAGUGUCAUUGGCGACUUGGGGAAACUAUCAGAGGGGGGCAAUGUCAACUUGGGCUGGCUGAUCGGCCGUCCCAUCGUGGCAUCGAUAGGCAUGGCCAUUGUCACGCCCAUUGUCACCAAAUGGGUCUUUGCACCCUUUUUCCGCAGGUUCAUCGAAUACCACUUUGCGCGCUUCGACCAUCUCUCCAACAUCGUCCUGAUGACCCUGGUUCUUUCGGCUUUUAUUGCCAUCGCCGGCUUUACAGGAACCUCUGUUCUGUUUGGCGCCUUUCUGGCUGGAGUCUUCCUCACAUACCUCCCGAGCAAGCGCCCAGAAGGACCCUUUGUGGUCAUGAGCCGCGAGGAGGGCGAACGUGAGGCAGAUAAAAGCCCCACGUUCGUGCACACUUUUGAGAAGUAUCUCUUGGGGCCGCAAGAGUAUUUGAUGGAGCCUUUGUUCUUCUCGAGUAUCGGAUUCGCGAUUCCAUUCGUGCAGCUAUGGACAGGGAAGCGGAUUUGGAGGGGGAUCGUUUACAGCCUCCUCAUGGCGUUUGCAAAGUGUGUCGUUGGCAUCUGGAUACCCGUUUGGCAGCUCGUUUUGGGGCGAAAAGACGAGGACAAAUCAGAUCCACCCGAAAAGCAAAAGAAAGGACAACCUAAAGCCAAAUCGAGCACGACUAACCACCAAGAAGCAAGCAAAAAGUGGAAUCGGGCCUGGCUGGCCGCUGCACUGUUGGGGUCUGCCAUGGUAGCACGCGGUGAGAUUGGCCUGUUGAUCAUCGAAAUCGGACACAAUGAGACCUCGUACGUCAGUGACGAAGGAUUCAUCACAGGUAUAUGGGCCAUUCUUUUGAAUACCAUCAUCGGCCCGAUUACUGUCGGUCUGAUGGUUCGAUUCUGCGCGGAAGAUAUUGGGCAGGGGGAGUGGGGAUUGCAGGAGAUUUCUACGGCUGACUCGAGUGCGAGAGCUGGUACUGAAGCCGUAUAG